AUGACAACAUACAUGCCAUCCAUCACUAUCCCCGAGGCAGUGUUCCUCAACCCAGCCGCCUCUAUUCUCCUGCCCAUCGCGCUCGGAACAGCGGUAGGCUAUGGCACCAGCCCAUCCGAGACCAAGAAGACGUACUUCAACAUGAAGCAGCCCCCUCUGCGUCCCCCGCCAUGGGUCUUUGGUCCUGUCUGGACUGCUCUCUACGCCACAAUGGGCUAUGCCGCUCACCGCGCCGCGAAGACUGGCCUCUCCGCCCUCGCCUCGCCUUCUACUGUCGCCACGACCCGGCACUCGCUCACCCUCUACUCCGUCCAGCUCCUCCUCAACCUGGUCUGGACACCUCUCUUCUUCGGCCUCAAGCGCCCAGCGUACGCCACCGCUGACAUCCUGGCCCUGCUCGGCGUGAAUGGUUACCUCACCUAUCUGUGGAGCGGAGUCGAUGAGACGAGCGCAUGGUUGCAGCUGCCUUACCUGGGAUGGAUGAGCUUUGCGACGUACCUGUGCGUCGGCGCUGGUGUCCUUAACAACUGGGAUCUGCGGGACAAGGAGGUCAAGAGGGAGUAG